GCCAUCAUCACCUCCUUACAGGCAAGUAGCCUCAAGUCAAGUCGAGCACAAGUCUCGCUCUCUAGCAAGUUUUGCCCGUGAACACGCUCGAUCUCUGUCAAUCUCUCCCAUGGCACCGACCAGGAGCAACCCAACAAACCCCAGGGUGUUCCUGGACCUCAACAUCGGCGGCGAGCGCGUGGGCCGCGUCGUCAUCGAGCUGUUCGCUGACAAGGUGCCCAAAACGGCGGAGAACUUCCGGCUGCUCUGCACCGGCGAGCGCGGCACCGGGCGGUGGUCGGGCAAGCGCCUGCACUACAAGAGCGCGCCGUUCCAUCGGGUGGUGCCCGGGUUCAUGUGCCAGGGCGGGGACAUCACCGCGAGCAACGGCACCGGCGGUGAGUCCGCGAUCGGAGACGGCCGGUACUUCCCCGACGAGGGGCUCGGCGCCGUCCGGCACGACGGCCCCGGCGUGGUGUCCAUGGCGAACGCCGGGCCCAACACCAACGGCUCCCAGUUCUUCAUCACCUUCGCCGAGGCGCCGUGGCUGGAUGAUCGCCACGUCGCGUUCGGCCGCGUCGAGGACGGGAUGGACGCCGUGCGCGCCAUCGAGAAGGCCGGUUCCAUGAGCGGCAGGACGGUGAGGCCCGUCAUCAUCGCUGACUGCGGCCAGCUAAACUACCGCGCCCCGUUCUGAUUAAUAAGGAUUAAACUUUACUCUCUACUAAACCUGACAACUGUACGUAUACGUAUUCGUGUGCGUACAAUUAUAAGAUACGUGUGAGAAACUAUGUAGAGCAUAUGUGUGGUUUUGUCCUCUUCGUUCAAACAUGUGCACCUAUUGUUGUGUUGUGUUGACCGCUGUAUAUGACUAAUUAAUGCUGAUGCGUGUGAGAUCAAAUGGUUAUUGAAUUAAUAAAUUGCUCACUUUUGGGUUUGGUGCCAA